GCCGUCAGUCGCGCGCCGCCCGCCGCGCCGAGCGCACGUGUGUGAGUGUAGUGAUGGUGACCGGAGUUCCCCCGCCGGGGGCCGACACCAUGACCACAGAGAAGAAAAGCGAUAGCAACCGCAGGAGCAACAAGCCGAUUAUGGAGAAGCGGCGACGGGCGCGUAUCAACAACUGCCUUAACGAACUGAAGGCGCUCAUACUAGAUGCCAUGAAGAAAGACCCGGCCCGUCACUCCAAGCUCGAGAAGGCAGACAUCCUGGAGAUGACAGUCAAGCAUCUAGAAGGUCUACGUUCCGAGGGUGCCGGCUCACCGGACCGGUUCCGAGCUGGUUACCGGCACUGUCUCUCCGAAGUUGCCAAGUUCCCUGGUCUCGAAGGUGGGCUGAAGAGGAGACUGGUGCGGCAUCUGGAGACGUGUGUGAACACCCCCAGACCAGUUGGAGCGCCGACGCCACCCUCGGAUAAUGAUGAAGCAGUAUCCCCUAAUCACUCGACAAUAUUUAUAUCUGCGGGUCCCGGGUCCGGAGUGCGGCUCGUCCCCACCAGGCUAUCCAAUGGGGACAUCGCUUUAGUACUACCAGCGGGAGUCAGUGCCAGCACCCUCGCGACCAUACCCACGCUGGUUCCUCUCUCUCCCCCCGACGGGAGCUCCUCCUCCGAACCCAGGUGCUACUCCCCAGCCAGCUCCGGAUGGGGAACUCCUCUUCCCCCCGAGGAAUCAGCCCCCCUUGCCUUGGUGACGAGGAAGCCUCCCCCCGACGAGAAACCCUGGCGGCCGUGGUGACAAGACUUGUAACUUGCUCAGGAUCUGUGAUAUUAAGUGUAGUUGUUUGAGUGAUACAAGAGUUCCUAUAGUGUAAGCUCGGUCAGUAUGAUGUGUAACUUGUAAGUUAUAGUAUAGUUUAAGUAUAAAUGGUUUAAUAUUUAGAUAAGGUUUAAAGUGAUCGCGCUGUUACUAAUGUUUGAGGAUGUAAGGUAGAGUUAAAACUAAAUACAAUAUGAGACAAAUACUGACAACGAAAAUUGGAUCUACGGAAACUUACUUGCUUGUCGAACGCCUUUGGCAUAGUUGCAUCUUUUUUAUAUUCGAAACAUUAAAAUUACCUAUUUGUCUCUUUGAUUUGUUCCUAACUUAAAUAUCUCCCUGUCUCUUCUAGUCUCUUUCGCUGCUUGAAAAAUCCCCGUUAUCACAUAAGACGUUACUAAAAUUAAUAACUUUUGUA